CUCAAAUCUAAGAUAUCAAGUGUAGUCGUCCAACCGAGGUGGGCAAACUAAUUGAUGGAGUUAGAAUAUCUCCUCGAGGUCGAUUAACUGUUUAAAGACGGACCCGGCCUGUCAUCUGAACUGAAAUCUGCUAAGGAAUCAUGCAAUACCAGUACCCAGUAACUUCGGCUAUGAAUGUUCCUUUAUAUGCUCCGACCCCAAUUCAGCCCGUCCACCCAACUCCCUUCUACAUCGAAGACAUACUCGGAAGACAUGGGAAUCCUGGGUCGCCCGUUCUCUCGGCACCGACGCUACCAUCCCCAAAUUCGUCAUUUACGAGUUUGAUAUCACCUUACAGGAGUUCAAUCUGCGAGCCGACGCCAAUCCAUCCCGCCCUGUCGCACCACGCAGCUCUGGCGGGUCCGUAUGCCACAGGGGCAUUCUCACCCUCAGUCUACCCUUUCAACCGGUCAUUGGGGGAAUAUGCGCAUGCACUCAUCAGACACGAUGCUCUCGGCAAACCACUCUUAUGGACUCCAUUCAUUCAGCGUCCCCUGCACAAAAGGAAAGGCGGGCAGGUCCGAUUUUCCAAUGACCAGACAAUUGAACUAGAAAAAAAGUUCGAAACACAGAAAUAUCUGUCUCCCCCAGAGAGGAAACGACUGGCCAAAAUGCUGCAACUGAGUGAGCGCCAGGUGAAAACUUGGUUCCAGAAUCGCAGGGCGAAAUGGCGACGGCUAAAACAGGAAAACCCGCAGUGCAGUAAACGAGACAUCGAGGACGAAAAUCCGGACAGACAUUUUGACGUGGGAGUCAAUUCAGAUGAACACAGCCUGACACAGGUUCCUCACAGCCACGCUCAGUGCUCCUCCACUGCACUCUCGCAGGAAGACAAUGAGUCAGACAUCUCGGAGAAUUCGGACCAAGAGCUGGACAUUGAGGACGGAUUUUCCUCAACCUCGCAAAAAUAAAACAGAUGAUGACAAUUUCUCUGAAGAACAUUAAUUGUAAAUAUUGAAUAUGUAUCAUAAAUCAUGUAUAUUGUUGAGACAUGAAUUAUAUAGGUAUGUUUGCUAGGGUGAAGCCUAUAAGCCAAGUUGUUAAAAAUAAUGGUGUUCUCAAAGGUCAUCUUUAUUGUUCACAGAAGAGCAUUUUUGAUAGUUUAAGGUAUUGACUUAAACAAGGAGUUUGCUGAAAAUGAAAAGGGUAUGACCAGGUGUACAUAUUCUUUGAAAUGGGCCUCAUGAAUUUUUGUUUUAAUCAAAUCUAAUUUGUGAUUAAAACAACUCAUACUUUCUCUAAAUAUGCCCAUCCCCAUUGCAUUAAUUAGCAUUGCAGGCCGACCUGUUGGACAGGCUUCACUAAAUGGCAACAUAAUAGGCGAACUGAGAGCGAAAUAAUUUUGAAACGGCUUAAUCUAUCCCCUUUAUUCACAAAAUAGCCUAAUGAUAUGUGAAAUUACACUAAAAACACUUCCUUUCCAUUAUUUCCUUUACGUGAUGACAGUACCUUACCUUUUUAGUAACCUGCAUUUUGACUGAAGAAUUGAAUGGAGACAUGUCAUUACUGAGAUCUGAACCUUUUUGAGAAUUUUCAUUAAAGGCGAUAUAGCUUGUGAGGAAUGAAGGUUAUUUUGUGCAGAAUCAAUAAGCUGUCAUAACCCAUACCCUACACUUUCUGUUUGCUCUUGUUUUGACCAUCAUAUCAGGCAGAGCCUCAGAUUGGUUUUCAUUUAGCAGAAAGACAAACAACAGAAACUUUUAGUUACCAAAGUAAGCCCUUUGUUAAUAAUUGCAGAGGCUGUAAUGGUUUGAACUUGACAGUAUGUGGUAUUUUAGCUGUAUUUGGUAUGAUUACCCUCACAGUUCAAAGAGCUCAAAUUUGCAAGACCAUUCCAAAAUCAAUAGUAAGCACAGUGAUUGUACCUGAAUUGAGUAAUGGUUUAGAAGUCAUACAAAAGUCAAAAUAGCAAGGACACCAGAUACCAGAUAUUGCUGUGUUAAGGGUUGAUUCAUUACUCUGUGAAAACGUAGAUUUGCAGGCAGGGGAGUUGUUGACAGCAAAUAAAUGUUGUAAUGCAGA